ACAACUGUCAGAGACAACUUCUGCUUUCACUGCGCUGCACUGAUUGAAAAUAUAUAAAACAUGUAUUAGCUCAGCGUUUCGGCCUUGACAGUGACACACAGUUAUCCGGAUUCAUUCAGCGCUGCCGCACCACACAUCUCUGCGACUUUCUGCCGAGUUCAGACUGGCAGUUGGUGUUACAACAAGCACCCGAGGCCAGAUGAAGAGGUGUCACAACAAGACAGAAGAUUUAUUGUUUCCUGCAAAGUCUUCUAUUGUUCGGAGUGAACAGAAGACAAAGAGCUUUCAAAAAAUGUUAAUGAAGAUUCAUUCACUGUCCAGAGACACGGAGAGUCUGAAGUGAUGGAGAACAGAGAGGAGAGCCCUGCAUCUGAGCAGGUCCCCACAUCACCAGAGCGAGGGAUUGUCCACAUCUGGCAGUCAGCGCGCCCCAGUGAGCAGCUCUGUCCUGAGAGAGUGCUGCUCUCCAGGCCUGUUCUGCAGGUCACCCUGGGAGAACACCAUGGACUCCUGCUGACACAGGGUGGUCCGGUGUAUUCAUUCGGAGAGCUGUUGUGGAGGGAUCUGAGCAUCCCGGUGUCUGCUCCAGUGCUGGAGGUGUCUCUGCUGGGGAAGAUCGUGGUUCGUGUGGCAGCCGGCGGCUUCCACUGUGGAGCGCUGAGCGAGCAGGGCAACGUCUACAUGUGGGGGGAAAACACGGCAGGACAGUGUGGGCUGACUGAGAGGGGCACAGUCACAAACAUCACAGUUUCAGAGCCGUGCCCGGUCAGUGUCGUGGACAGUGAGGUCGUUCCUCCUGCGGUGGUUCGGAUUGUGGAUCUGGCCUGUGGACGGGAGCACAGCCUGGCUCUGUCAUCCCAGAAUGAGGUGUGGGCCUGGGGCAGUGGCUGCCAGCUUGGCUUGGUCACAAAAACUUUCCCUGUGUGGAGGCCACAGAAGGUGGAGCACUUGGCUGGCAGACAUGUAAUUCAGGUGGCUUGUGGUGCCUACCACAGCCUUGCCCUGGUUCGCAGUUUACCUCAGAACUACAAUACCCAGAGUCCCGCUGAGAAGAGGGAGCUGGGCCAGUCACCUCACUUCUCAGUGACAGAGAGGGAGGAGCCGUUGACCGUUGAGGAUGCUCACUACUGUCCGCUGGGGGUGGAACUGACUGAAGUCCUGACAAGCGAGACCUCUCCCAGGAGAAAAGGCCCCAGACGAAGACUCCAAACUGGGGGAAGGUCAGCUGGCAGCAGCUCAGGGUUUGGAGCCAGUUCAUGCCCAUUUUCUGAAGACAGCAAAUCUACCACUAAACAGAAGAAUCUCCCAGUUAGAACUGAUUUUGAGCCUGACGGCAGCUCCAAGUCUCACCCACUGUCAGGCUGGGGGGCCAGCAAGAACUCAGCUUUCUCUGAUGAGAUGGAGCUCCAGAACCUCCUCCAGAAACUCUCCGGUCACUCAUUAGAGAUGCAACACUCUGCUGGGCUAGGGGAUACUGACUCACAGAGCAGUCACACUUCAGAUGACAGCUGUGCUUCCUCAGCUCCUUCCUCAGAUCUGUUCACUUCCAGUUACAAAGACGAACCAACAAUUAAGAGUCAAGCCACCAAUAACAGUGGAGUGUCGGGGCCAUACUCCUCCUCUCCUGUAUGUUUAGAAGAAGUUCGGCUUUGUCUGGAAGCGGAGAAGAAGGCACUGCAGGGGCAGAAGAGUUCCAGUCUUACAAAUAUACACCAGAAGGGGAAAACUGCACCUAACAGGAGACUCUCCCUACCUGGAACACCCACCCAUGGGUCUCCCCGGCGACGGCGGCCUUGUGCCUGCAGGCCAUCCUCUGCUGGUCAGACCCAGGCUGCAGCACCAGAGGAGGCAGGAGAUGGCUUGCCAUCUCUGGAGACUGAAGUGUGGAGCUGGGGCCGCGGGUCUGAGGGGCAACUAGGCCACGGAGACCAGCUUCCUAGACUACAGCCUCUGUGUAUCAAGUCUUUGACAGGAGAGGAAGUGAUCAAAGUUGCCGCAGGAUCGCACCAUUCAUUGGCCCUCAACGCUCAGUGCCAGGUGUUUUCAUGGGGCAGCAACAUGUGUGGACAGCUCGGCCAUGUCAACAGCCCUGUCACUGUUCCUCAGCAGGCCAAGCUAUCUGACGGUCUGCGGGUUUGGGAUGUGUCAGCCGGUCAGAGCCACUCCCUCCUCCUGGCUGAUGGAGACUGCGUCCAGCCGGUCCUGUUGUACUGUGGCCAGCAUCAAGAGCCAAUGUCAGAUCAGAGUGAGAGGUCACGCCACAGGUCACCCAACAAGGCGGAGAGUUAUACAGUCAGACCCACCCUGCUGCCUUUGUGCACCGAGUUGGGUUAUAUUAGCAGGGUGUGCAGUGGCGGUCAGAGCUGUGCGGUGUUGGCAGACCAGAACGUCAUGGGCUUCAUCUCAGCUGUCCACGAGCUGGCCUCCAGAGAGAGACACUUCUACUGCUGGUUGAGCAGCAUCAGGAAGCUCCUCCUCACCCCACUGCGUAACAGAGAGGGUGUGUGCCCGUCUUUAGGUGAGCCCUGCACUCAUCUCUUCUUCUCUCUCUGUGAGACGUUUGGUCGUCUGAGCGUCCUGAUCGGUCGACACUCCGCGUCACUCAGCUACUUCCUGCAUGACGUGCAGGGCCGUGAUGUCACUUGCCUUCCACUGCUGACGCACAUUGAGCACUUCCUUGAUAUUUAUAAAGAGUAUUGUUCUGCAAUAGGAAACUUCCAGGUGAUGAGUGGAUUUCAGUCACUCCACAAACUCUCUGUUGAGUGUUUAAGUUCUCAGCAGACCCUGCUCGCUCAGCUGUGUGUUUCAGAGCAGUCUGUCAGUUGUGAUGUGGAUCUGGUUUCAUUAUUGUACUGGCCUCUGCAGCAGCUCCACCAUUACAGUCGUGUCCUGCUCAAACUGGCAGCCUGCUAUGAUGUGUUAACCAUGGAGUAUCAGUACCUCCAUCAGGGCUGUAGUCAGUAUGAGUCCCUGUCUUUGUCCCUGUUGAGGAGGAAGAAGGAGGCUGAAACGACAUUCCUCUUCUGGAAGAGCCACACUGGAAAACAUACUGAGGUUCUGCGUCUCCCGCAGCGUCGUGUAGUGUGUGAAAGCAGCAACAGAUCUCUGACCCUGCAGAACGCCGGACGGUUCUCCAACCAUUGGUUCAUACUGUUCAAUGAUGCACUGGUGCACACACAGGGUGCCAUUCCCUCUCAGAGCUUUUUCUCCACCCAUCACGUCUAUCCUCUGACCUGCCUGUGGGUGAAACCAGUUACUGAAGACAGCAGUGGACUCUAUGCCAUCAAAAUUACAUGUCCAGAGGACAGUUUCACCCUGGUGGCCUCAACACCCCAGGAGAAGAACAAGUGGUUGCGAUCGCUUAACCAGGCGGUGGAUCAGGUGCUGGGUGGUGGAGGUCAGGGGUCAUCUCCGGGGGUGACAGGGAUGUCUCGUACCGCUUCCUACACGUUCACUGGAGAGGGACGAUUUAAGGACGCCCAGUACACUGGGGGCUGGCUGGCAGGACAAGUUCAUGGCAGAGGAACCAUGAAGUGGCCAGAUGGACGGACGUACACCGGGAAGUUUAAGAAUGGACUGGAGGAUGGCUAUGGGGAGUGUAUAAUACCUAACAAAGUGCUGAAUAAACCAGACAGCUACCAAGGGCAAUGGAGAGAGGGCAAGAUCCAUGGUUUUGGCAAGUACAAGUAUGCCAGCGGCGAGGUGUACGAGGGCUGUUUCUGUGACGGGCAGCGGCACGGUUACGGCAUGCUGAGCUCUGGUAAACACAUCAGGGCUUCCUCCAGUGUUUUCGUUGGGCGGUGGGUACAGGACAAGAAGACAGGAUACGGAGUUUACGAUAAUAUCACCAGAGGUGAGAAGUAUAUGGGACUGUGGCUGGAGGACCAGAGGCACGGCAGUGCUGUGGUCGUCACCCAGUACGGUGUGUACUAUGAAGGGACCUUCAAAGAGAACAAAAUGAGUGGUCCAGGGCUGUUGGCGUCAGAUGAUGACACAGCUUUCCAUGGGGAGUUUUCUGAUGACUGGACUGUCAACGGAAAGGGUGUUCUGUCCCUGGCUAACGGUGAUUAUCUAGAGGGCCAGUUCAGUGGAGAGUGGAGCGCAGGGCUCAAAGUGGUUGGAACGUACACCAAACCAGCCGUCCAUGAACCUGAAAACAAAGACAGAAACAACCUGUUCAGGUUGGGUCAGUAUGUGGUGCCUGCAGGUCAGAGGUGGGGCUGCGUGUUCAGUGAAUGUUGGAGUCGACUGGGCUGCGAUGCAGCCGGGAGAGGAGAGAGGGGUGCAGCCUGGGAGAACAUCGCUGUCACUAUAACGACUGCACGGCGACACAGUCCAGACCUCAGCAGGUCUCAGACCAAAGUAUUAGAGUGUUUGGAGUUUAUUCCCCAGUAUGAAGAACCUGUCAACACUGCAAACUAUGACAACAUACGAAGAUAUCUCAUCAAGGCAUGUGAGACCCCCAUCCACCCUCUUGGCUGGCUGGUGGAGACGUUGGUGACAGUUUACAGGAUGACUUAUGUCGGUGUGGGAUCCAACCGCAGGCUGCUCAAGCAGGCUGUCCAGGAGGUCCAGGCUUACCUCACACAUUACUACAACAUUGUGAGGUUUCUGUUUCCAGGGUUACCAGAAGAUGGCGGCAUCAUCCCAGACCCGCCCACCUCUCCAUCCAAACGCAGGCAUAGCUCCAACACAGCAGAGCAAGGUGUUGUGGUGGUGAGCUGCUCCUCUCUGCUCCUCCCUCUGCUGCUCCCUCGACUAUACCCUCCUCUCUUUACCCUGUACUGCCUGCAGGAGGAGCAGGAGGAGGCCCAGUACUGGGAGCGCAUCCUUCGACUCAACAGACAGCCUGACCAGUCACUGCUCAGCUUCUUGGGAGUGCAGGAGAAGUUCUGGCCAGUGUGGAUGUCAAUUCUGGGAGAGAAAAAGCAGAUCGUGUCCAGCAGUAAAGAUGCCUGCUUUGUUUCUGCUGUAGAGACACUUCAACAAAUUAGCACCACCUUCACUCCGUCAGACAAACUCCUGGUCAUCCAGAAAACAUUUGAGGAGUUGACCCAGGAAGUAAAACCUAUGCUGGAUAGUGAUUUCCAGUGGUGCAUGGAUGACCUGCUCCCCCUCUUCCUCUAUGUGGUUCUCAGGGCUAGGAUCAAGAACCUGGGAGCUGAGGUCAGUCUGAUAGAAGAUCUCAUGGAUCCCAAUGUUCAGCAUGGAGAGAUGGGACUGAUGUUCACAACACUGAAGGCCUGCUAUAUCCAGAUCCAGCACGAGUCGACUACGUAGGAGCGGACAGGAGGAUGCCCCACAGUCAGCAGGACUGCAGUGGUGACGCAGUGCUGCGCACACUGGAGCUGCCAGAACAAACCAGUCAAUCCACCAGUAAUCCAUUGGUGGCCACUGGGAAGCAACACUGAGGCUGCACGGACAGAGAGCAGAGGAAGGGGAGAGGGUAACACCUUCACCCUCUGUCAACACAGGAAAUUAUGUUUGACACCUCGUUCACCGUUGAUCCUUUUGGUAUGUUACAGCACUGCAGAGUUCUUUCUCUCCUACUGAAGACCAUAUUCACAGGUAAACAAGUCACAAGUAACACAUCGCCCUCUCGUGGACAUGCUAGAAAACUGCAUUAUCAUUUUCAUGACAUGUUGCUACUACAGAUUUUCAGUAAUACUUUGAAAUACGUCAGCUCAGUUUCUAUGUCUGAGAUGAUCAGUAUCCAUCAACAGUAUUUCAUGAAAGACUUUGCCAAGACAAAGGUGUAACAACACUGCAGUUUACAUUACUGUAUAAUAUAUUUUUUACACUAUGUCCUUAAAGGGAAGCUCAUUAGAAGAUACAGUAAGAUCCCUGUGAGAUGUCGUACUGUAUAUUUUCCUGUGUGGCCUGCUUUGAGAACCUGCAAACACUCCAGGCAAAGGGAACUAACUUGUAAAGUCUGAAACAUGACCAUAUUUUAAAGGGAAAAUGAAUGGAAUAAUAAUGUAAAUAUGUUUCUAAUGGGUUGGUAAUAGCAGCAGCAGGAAAACAGUGUAGUUACCACAGUAAAUACACUCUUGAAAAUAUUCAAUUUAACUCAGCCUACCUAUAGGUACUUAUUAAAACUGUGUUUAGCAGUUGACUGAAUCUUGUAACUACUGUUUUGUUCAAAAUGAGCAGUUGAGCUUUCUGAUUGUAAUGACCAUGAGACACAGAUGAGGUUUUAUACUGCAGAGUCAAACUCGCCUCCCGAACACAGAGCUGACCUUUGGUUCGACAGUAAGUAGCUGCAGCAGCAUGAGAGCAACCUGGACAAGAUGGUUUGGCUUUUCUGACAAAAUGAACUAGCUCAGUUAUACUGUCUGUGAAAACAGAGGAAACUGCUUUAGGCUCUUAAUGUCUCAUUUGUGGUUUGAUAUUUCUUCCUUAGAAGCCAAACCAAAAUUACCAGGGCACAAAGCUGUAGGUAAUGGAAAGGGGAAAAUACAAUUUCAUUUUUAUUGUAACAGUAUGUUCCUGCAAACCUGUACUAUAUGCAAAUGUCUUACUGCACAGAAAUCCUCCUUUGUUUUUUUAAACAUCCCCCCUCGCUCCCCAAAGUGUUGUCAGACUGUGUUAUAUAUUUUGAAUGCAGGAGAGAUAGUUCACACACAUUACACUAAACAGACUUCCAGUUUUCUGAGACUGUUUGAAUUAUUUUUACUUAUUUACUUAUUUAUUUUUUUAAACAAACAAACCCUGAAUCUUUUGGUCUCAGGUCUGGACUUCUCAUAUUCAUAACUAAUACACAGUAAACUGACCAGUAGGACAUUAGCAUGUCACUACAGUGGGAAAUGUACUUGACUUAAUAUAACUAAUGAGGCAAAACAGUGUCGCUAAGAGAAAUGUUCCUUCCUCUGCUGGUAUUCUUUUUUUUUUUCUGUGGAGUGUACCUGUGUGUGCGUGUGCGUGCGUGCGUGUGUGUGUGAGCAUAUUAUGAACAAAUCUGAAAAGAAACAGUUUAAAUGUUGCACUGACAGUUUUCAGUUUAAACCAACCAGGAAGGUGUUAGUUGCUAAAUACGAUGACUACUGUAUAUAAGACAUAUAUAAAAAUCUAGAUUACUUCCAUCUGGGAGGUUAUGUUUUAUUAUGUCUGUUUGUACACAGGACUUGAGAAAAACUUUAUUGAUAAAUUUCAGUGAAAUAUGGUGGAAGGUUAGCCCCUGAAACGUGAUGACUACUUGAUGUGGAUCCAGUCACUUUCUACCAUUUUAUAACCUGCUUCGCUCACAUGGGCAAAGAAUAUGCCACAUGGACGCCAUGAUUUUCUCUGUGUGUUUUAAUGCAGAUCCAGACUGAAAUUUUCAGUUUUUAUAGCUAAUUAGCUAGACUACAAAAAAAAAAUAUUAAUAUUAAAUGCACUGAUCCGUUAAAUCCAGAAAUCCAGCUUUAAGUGAUAUAAAGGCCUGUGGGGACAUCAAAAUUUUUUUUUUUAAAUUUCUCUUGCAAUUAAGGCCCAUUUUUAAACCUCAGAACUGUCAUGACCCCCAGCCAGUAUUGUUUCUAUCAUUUCAGCUGUCAUCUGAGUGUGUGUGCACUAUAUUUAUUCUUUUUCAAGUUUUUUGUACUUGUUUGUAUUCGUAUGUGUUGGGACAGUCUGUUCAAUGUUUUCCAUUCUUUUUGCUAUUAAAACCACUGCCAUGUAGUAUAGUACAGAUGUAACAUCAAGGGAUGAAUGAGAAAAACAAUUAGGGUGACUUUUCUGGCUUCCACUAAUGCCAGGUUAAAGGACAAUACAAAUGUUUUUCAUGUCAUAGCUCAUAACUACAAAUUGCCUGUCGUUUUCAGGAGUGAGGAGUAGAUUUAUUUCCUGCAUUUUAGGUAGCCGUAGAAUUGAGACAGUUUCAGUGCAACAGAAAAAUUAGCCUGUACAGGUUUGAAAUCUGCCUGAGAUUGGUAAUCAUCACAGUGAAUAUUUUCCAUUUUUCUUUUUUAAUUUUUUUUUUUACUAAUCACAAUAUUGUCUUGUAUGAAGAUGCAGUUUGAGCAGGGAAUUCAACUUGGUACGUUGUCACUGAAAUUAAGGGAAACCAAUCAAAAAACAGCAAAGGAAAACUUGAGUUAUAUUCUCUAAAAUGGCCAGUAGUAGUACAGCAAUAUGAGGUGCCAUGUAGUUUGUAAUCUAUAGGCUAAAACGUGUAAAACGUGUUAUGAUCCUUAAUGAAACCUGAAUUUCUUGGAUGUGUCUAAGAGGCUAUGAGCUGAUUGAAUUUAUGACUUCAGUUUAUAAUUUUUCUAACUAAUUCUAUUUUUGUAACUUCAUAAAUUUGUAUGAAGUGAUGAUCAGGGGAACCGAUUGUAGAAUGUUUUUGAUUCUGAUGGAUAACUUCAUUAAAAAGGGGAAUGAAUAAAUGUGUUGACGAAAAAAAAGUGGGGGCAAUAAAUUUGGUUUAAUUGUGAAAAAUGUCUCCUGAUGAAAAUCAUUGCUUUUAUUUCUUACUUCUCGGAUUCAUCGCUAGACUGCAACAGCGACCAGUGUUCACCAGAGAAGAAAAGAAUCAAAAUGUAUGAAGGACCACUGCUGGGACCUUUCUCACAGCAGAUAUUUUGACUUGUCACAGUAAGACACCAUCACUGCUCCAUUCAUGAAUGAAACUGAAUUUUAUUGUUCACACGUGCUUUUGCUCCCG